AUGCUGGUCUCCUUUUCUUUCUCCUGCUGUCUGGCGGGGGAAUCUGGCCUUCUUCAGCUAUGCGGAGGUUGUUAUUUGCAGUGGCGAUUGUUUGCUUCUCAGUCUGGUGUUCCCCCUGGUCCUGAGUCGCUGAAGCACUGGGAGGCUUCUCAACCUCGCAAUGGCCGCAGAUUUGCGGAAAGUAGAGUCUCUCGACCAGGUUUAAGUACAACAGAUAUUCUUGAAGGAGGAUCUACUGGAUCAUACGAUUACGAGCAGGAAGGGGCUUACGAAGAUGAGUCGCUGGAAGACAUUCAGGACGAAGCCUCCCUGAAAGCCAUCUUUUAUGGAAUCAUCCAAGAUGGCCAGCCAGAAACCAUUCUGAAUGCGCUCCUAGAUCCUCGCUUUGAAGAGCUGGUCGGGUCACUGCCGCAGACCAUCUUCGUCGAGGUCUUCCAUCUACUCUCUCCAGCCUACUUUGUCGACCCUUAUCGAGAAAUCCAUCGACCAUUGCAUCCUUCCGCGGUGGACGUUAAACAAUACAGGUCUUUGGAUUCGAUCUUCGACGAGUUCGUCAACAACCUUGCUACCGUUGUCAACAUACGACAGUCGGCCGGUCACACCCUGGGUCUUGCUGAAUACACACACCUUCUCGACUGCGCGCGAUCUAUCGGAGAUGCAAUUAUGGCAGACAGCAUAUGGCACAACAUGAGGGAAGACGAAAUAUAUCCUGAUGUCCGGUGCUACAACUAUUACAUGGAAGCCAAGGUCUGGGACACUGCAUACACUGGCCGGGAAAAGUAUAACCUGCGAAUGACCCCCUAUGCGUAUCGCAAGCGGAGAUUCUUCAAUCCCAAUCAGGGCUGGCAAGGCUACGGGACUGCUGGUCGGAGUGUCCGAAAAGAAGUGCUGCAGAUAUUCAAUGAGAUGACGGAGAUGGGAAACCACGGUGACGAGGCUACCUUUAUAAAUGUGAUCUUGGCAUCUAGUCGCGUGGGCCACAUCAAAGGCAUGAAGAAUGUCCUGAAGACUGUCUGGAAUGUUGAUAUCGAUGCGCUGAUGGACAAUGUGGACGAGUCGGACUUGCCUGAGGUCACUUACUACGAUCGCUCUUCACCCCUGCAUCCUACGCAUCGACUACUGUUUACAGUCGCCCAUGCCUUUGGUACAAAUAAUGACAUACCCGCCGCACUCAAGGCGAUCGACUUUAUCUCACGUUCCUAUGACCUGGUGGUUCCGGAAAAGGUCUGGCUCGAAUUAUUCGAGCGAUCGUUUGUGCUUUCCCGGCCACGGUUCGGUCCCGAUGCGAAGAGAAACGCCAAAGGCAAGGUAUCUUAUGAAUUCUUAAAUACGAUGUUUCAGACCAUGAUAUCGCCGCCCUUUAGCGUUCGUCCCACAAUUGAAAUCCAUCACAUGCUGGCCAAAACCGCCUGGGAUAGGGCUAGGCUGUCUGAGUUCCAAUACCACAUGCGCGCCGCAUACGACCUCCUGGCUGAGACGAGGCGGAAACGGAGGACAGCAAGAUUAAUUCUCGAGGGAUACCUAGGCGGGCCUAUGUCCCGCUCCUCCCGAAGACGCAUGCCGCAGAUCGACCCUCUACUCCUCCAGUCACGAGCACUUGCAGAUGCAGUAAACACCUACGACAUUCUGCGAUUGCGCACAGCCCAGCAGACGAUGAUCGUGGAGCGAUUGGCAAGACUCCUGUUAAUCCACCACCGAUGGACAGGACGCGAUAAUCCGGCCUGGGAACGAUGCCUUCUCCCGCAGGCGUUGGAAGAAUGGCAAGACUUCCUCCCACAAUCCUUUGUCUACCGCACCAAAGGCGGAAUGGUCCAGUUUCGAGGCGCAACACGCUGGUAUCAACGAAACCUAACCGGCCACAACAGAGUCCCCGUCCGUCGUCCCAUCGGCGAAAGCGACGCCGCGCUUGAAGCCGAGGCCAGCGAGAUCGACGACGACUUCUUUUGGGAGAAAUUCCGCCAGAAACGCCCUUUUCUGGAUCUAGACUCUGCCCCUAUCAACCGGUUAUACUGGGAAACAACAACAAACAAGGGCGAAGCAUUCGAAACUACACCAACCUAUUGGGCCGAGGAUACCACCGUCGAAUCCGAUGCUUUCCAACACGAUCCCAAUGGAGGACGAGUCACGCAGAAAGCAGACGAAACAUCAUCAUCCUUCGAUCACGGCCAUAUACCCGGUCCCUUCAGCAUGGCUUAA